GUGUAAGGAGCACGGCCUUAAAUGUGAGUUUAUUACUCCGAGCAGUAAACGUGGCCCCCCUAAGGGGGUCCCAAAAAAAAAUUCGCAGCAAGAACUUUCGAACAAAAGUGAUACUCUAAUUCAAACAGAGGAGUUUAACAUAACGCCAAAUUAUUCACCAGACAUACCUAAUUCAUUCGUUCGGCACCAAUCGAUAAUGCCA